GUGAAAGCAAUCAAUAUAUGACUUCCUUUUCCUAUAAUACUAUCAAUAGUGAAGACACGCGUAAAUCAAGUGUUCCUCACAAGUGAUGGCAGACAAGGAAUCUAAGAAAAAGUCGGCAAAGACUGCACCGGCGGCCACAACACCCGUUGCCGAAACACCGGUCAAAAAGGUUAAGAAGUCGAGCCGUCGGGGAAAGUUCGAGUCGGCCACUCCGGGAAGAUUGUACGUCAAGGCUAUCUUCACUGGUUUCAAACGGUCUCUUCGUAAUCAACGAGAAAAUACUUCACUUCUUCGUCUGGAAGGCGUUAACCGAAGACGAGAGACUGACUUUUAUUUAGGCAAACGUGUGGCUUAUGUUUACAAAGCAAAGAGUAAGUCACUGAUUCCCCGAAGACAAGGAAAGAAAAGCAAAUUGCGGGUCAUUUGGGGUAAAAUCACACGACCUCAUGGAAACUCCGGCGCCGUCCGCGCAAAGUUCGCCCGUAAUCUGCCGGCACUGGCUAUCGGUCGUCGAGUUAGAGUAAUGUUGUAUCCAUCGAGGAUAUGAAGUAAUUUUCGUGUCAUUGAAUUAAAAUUUUCAAUUGUUUAAUAUCUUUGAAUAAAUUAACACUUAAACAAAGAAAACG